CCCAAUUUCACUUUUAACUUCUAUCGUCGCCGCAUUACUUGCUCAGUUGAAAGAAGUUUAGACGCGUGUCUUAUUACGACAGUUUUCAUUGAUUUUGAGUGUUCAAACGCUUGUAACUUUUGUGUGACACAAACGAAGCGUAUUACUCGCAAAGAUGGACUACAAUAAAAUGAAAGUUAACGAUUUGAAAACGGAAUUGGCCUCUCGAAAUUUGGAUACUAAGGGAGUGAAGGCUGUUCUCGUGGAGCGUCUCAAGGAAGCAAUUGAGAAGGAAAACAAUGAAAAUUCUGCGCUAUCGACACCCACCAUUGCAGCUGCCAGGAAAACGGACGUAGGAACGCCAAACCCGUCUACCCCUGCACGUCGAAGUCGACGACGGUCUAUGACCAGGUCCCCAUCUCCCGCAAAAGUUGAAAUUUCGGCCCUGGAGAGCGUCAGUGAAGAACCAGAACAAAUAGAAACGACAGAAUUAUCCAAUGUCUCCAAAAAGCGUCGAACAAGAUCGAUUACAAAGUCCCCAUCUCCAGUGAAAACGGUCGAUGUAAAGCGCUUGGAAGUGCUGGAAGAAGAACCCGAAACAGCAACUAAAACAACUGAGAAUGUUGUGCCCCGCACUGAUGAAACUAAACCCGUAUCUCCAAUAAAGCUUCCUGCAACGCCGAACAAGCAAUCAACCCCAACCAAAACUUUAACAUCGAGUCCAAAAACAGCCAUUCCGGAAAAAUCCACAACUAGUUCCACAAGUCCCACUGUAGCCAAUGCAGUGAAACCGAUAAAAGAGAAUCCAACAAAACCAACAGCCACUCCCGUGCAAACACUACCAAUCAGUCCUACAAAUGCUACAAUAGCCAGUCCAGUAAAACCGAUAACAGUGAGUCCCACGAAAUCAGCUACAGGUACUCCAACCAAACCGACGAUUACUCCUUCUAAGAGUCCUCCAAAGCAAGUGGAUCUCAAGGAAACAAUAACUGUUACACCUAGUGAAACAGAUAAUUCAACUGUAAAAGCGUCGAAUGAAUCUCUUAAUGCGGAGGCACAAUUAGACGAAUUAAAACAAGUUGAUAAAAAAGCGUCUGGAAAUGAAUCAGCUGAGACCACACCGGAAUGCGAGGAUAGUGCAAAUGCCCCAGAAGACGAAGGAAAGGGAUCAACUGAAGGUAGUCAAAAAGCAGCUAAACGUAAAUCAUCGCCGCCUGCGAAGGAAUCGCCUAGCAAAACUCCUCGAUCUAAACCGGUGCAAACUCCAAUUAUUUUUGUAUCUGAGGAAAAUGAACCGGAUAUAGAUGACAAGAAAUUUGCGCUCAGUUGGUUUGAUUCGGAUCUUAAUUUGGAAAUCGAUGGCAAAACAUUAGACACUGCUAAGCCACUAUCGGAAGGUGCAUUGGCAUUAAUAUGGGCUGGUGCGCGUGCUAAUAUGGGCGUAAAUAAAGGAAAAGUUGCAUUUGAGGUUCUUCUUACUAAAAAUAAUGAAUCAAAAAAUGUAACGGAAGAACCAGUGUCUAACGAGCUUCGCGUCGGAUGGUCGACAUCAAAAGCAAAUUUACAGCUGGGAGAAGAUAAGCAUUCAUUUUCAUAUGGUAGCGUUGGCUUGAAAGGAACAAAUUGUGAAUUUAGUGACUACGGUAUUAAGUACAAUGUUAACGAUGUAGUUGGCGUGUAUCUAAACAUGGAUUCAAACCCAUGUAAGAUUGAAUUUACGGUUAACAAUGUUAGCCAAGGGGUGGCGUUCGAGUUUGAUCCUGUCGAACUUGAAGGACAAGCACUAUUUCCGCAUGUUUGUAGUAAAAAUGUUGCUUUCAAGGUUAACUUUGGACAACUCGAACGUAGCAUGCUAAAUGAUCGUGAACCUUCGAAAAAAACUGUACCCGAGACGGAAGAGAACAAAAUAGCACAAAACAAAAAAGCUAACGAAAACGAAGAAAAAAAUUUGAUGGUGGAAGCAACUACUGAAAGUACUGGAGCUACGAUCGAAAGUACAGAAUCAACGGACGGAGCAAGUUCAAUUACCAAAGCUAUUUCGGAAACAUCCGAUAAACCGGCUGAUAACCAAGGCCCCGAAAAGUCAGCUGAACGUGAGAAAGCGUGCAACGAAGAAGUGGUGAAAGAGCUUCAAUAUGUCAACAAAGAGUUCAUCUACAUUGAGAAGUCACCCAAGGAAUAUUUGGUUUCAGGAAUAAGCCGACCAGAAACACGUAAGGAUUGUGAGGUUAUCUUCCUCAUUGGAUUGCCCGGCAGCGGAAAAUCUCAUUGGAUAAAGACCUAUCUUGAAGCAAAUCCAGAUAAGAAAGUUACAGUUCUCGGUGUUGGAACACUGCUCGAUCAAAUGAAGGUUUUAGGUAAACCUAGACAACCAUCCAACACUAAUAAAUGGUCGAGACUUGUGGAACAGCUUUCGAGAAGCCUCAACAAACUGAACGAGAUUGCAUCGAAGCGACGAAGAAAUUUUAUACUAGAUCAGCAAACCAAUGUGUUUGCAUCGGAGCAAAAACGCAGACUUCGUGGAUUUGGUGAGUAUGCCACUAGACGCGCUGUAGUAAUAUUACCAGACACCGAAGAAUACAACCGUCGUUUUAAGUUGAAAAAUGAAGCUGUGGGGGCUGAAGCACAGGAGGGAAAUAUCAAUGCGAUGAAAGCCCAUUUCUACAUUCCUACUCUUGAACUUGGUUGGUUCACUGAAAUCACAUACGCGGAACUGGACGAGGAGAAAGCUCGGGAAGAGGUUAAAAAAUUGAAUGAUGCUGGACGUAAGGCUUUACCUCGAGGUUACAACAAGAAUCAACAACAGCGACGAGGCACAAAUCAGCGAUGGAACCAAGGAUUCGGCAACAAUCGUCAUGGUGGGCAAAGCUAUCCACAAGGAGGAUUCAGUGCACCUCAGCGGUAUAACAAUUCUCAGCAGUAUUCACAAAAUCGGAAUUACCGACCAGGCAAUGGCUACGGAAGGCGAGAGGCUGGUGGUUUUGGAGGAAAUCGCUACGGUAACAAUAAUACAGACUGGACACGAAAUAGCGGACGAUACGAUAGCCGUUACAAUAAUCGAGGAUAUCAGAACAAUCAAAGCAGACGUUUUGAUGGAAGCCGGAAUGACUAUAGAGGUUACAACAGCGGCUCUAAUUGGAGUCAGGAUUCCAACUGCUGGGGUGGCUAUGGGUCACAGGGCAACGAUACAAAUCAGUGGUAUUCGUGGUGGCAGUCAAAUCUCAAAAACUUAUUGCAGCAAGGAGGCAGUGGAACAGAUAACAGUGCGCAGCAUGCGAACAUGGAACACUACUGGUCGCAGUACGCACAACAACAAAACUACGGUAACUAUCAGCAAUCGAAGUCCCACGGAUCGGGAUCGUCCAAGAACAAGUAAAUAGACUACUUAACUAUAUUUAGUGUUUAAGUUACAUUUUAGCAACUUUUUCUCUCUCCUACACCAAAUUUUCACACAAAUUAUCAAUACUCCACCAGCUAUAAGUACGAUAAUAAAUACUUUAAAUGAUACUGCAUUCUUAAGUUAAGAAAUCAAAUGUAAUUGGAAAAAGUGCAGAUAGUGUUUUAUAUCUGAAUAUAUUUGAAUCCAUUUGAGAAGUACAAUGAUUUGCUUCGGACCUUUUCAAAGCGAGCGCUACAUAUGAGAGAGAGAGUUUUAAAGCAUAACAUAGAUUUAGUUCUAAACGGAGAAUCCACCUAUUCUGUAGCAGGUUACAACUGCAAGCAUUGUGCAGUUUAGUUGAAAUACAUGCUGGGGAAGUACAUUUUUAGCAUCUGCAAAAAAAAUCGUUGAUCGUUGAUAAGUUUUUGUACUGAGUAAAAUAAUGAGUUGCAGUUUAUUUUCGUUUACGAAAAGCACUGAGGGCAGAACAUUAUUUUUGAAAUCCUGUAUUGUUUAACAAAUUCAAUAUAGUUCAUGUCUUGUAAAUUAUGUUUUUGUUCAUUAAUUUUUACAUUUUUCAUCAUUACUUGCUUGAAAGUAGAUGUAUUCAUUCAAGGCGAACUAUAGAUUAUACCAUAGGUAAAUGAUACACUAAAUGAAUAAGAAAUCGUGAUUAUUUUGUUUCAAUAAAAACUAUAAUCAUACUGAAGAAA